AUGGAAGAAAAACAGUUGGUUCAUCGAGAUAUUAAACCGGCAAAUAUCCUACUGAAUAAAGAUGGAGAUAUCAAAAUCUGUGAUUUUGGUGUCACUGGCGACUUGAGUAAACGAUCAGAAUAUACAGUGAGGACCGGUGAUCCACUUUAUCGGUCACCACAGCGCGAAACUUGUGCUAUCGAAAGUGACAUGUGGGCAUUCGGAAUGACUUUAUUGGAAGUGAUCAACGGAAAACAUCCAUUCGCCGAGCCCGAUCCCAAUAACAUCGCAUGGAUGAUUGACAAAUGGAAACCGGAAUUCUCAACCAAGAUAUCCGAUGAUAUAAACGAUCUUGUUUCAAGUUUAUUGCGAAAAGACCGGCAGAAUCGACCUUCAUCAUACGCGGAUAUUCUUGAGAAACCUUGCAUUUGUGGUGUGUCCACAAUGCCGACAGAUGAUGUACGCAAAUUUAUUCGUGAUAUCAUCAAAAGCAUUCUAUGA